AUGAAAUGGUUAAUUCGAUUGGUUAUUCCCCUAUCAAUUGUGAUAGAUGCUGCAAUUUGUAUGUCCCGGAGAUACGUUUAUAAUUUUAUCAUCCCUGUCAAUUCAGUUAAUCCAUCAAAUAGCCUCCUUAAGCGUGACAUUUUCGCUGAAUCUGCUGACAUCAAUGAAGAAUCCACAACUAGCACCAACUUUGACAAUGAUUCCGGUACAAAUUCUAGUGUCCAAAUUGUCACUAGACCUCCAAGUGAAACAUAUAACGAGGAGACAUAUACCUUCAAAGCGGAGGUCAACAAAGUGAUGGACAUAAUUGUUAAUUCACUAUACACUGACAAAGAUGUAUUCCUCCGGGAGCUGGUAUCAAAUGCAGCUGAUGCUCUAGAUAAACGCAGAAUGAAUGCCAGCAGCAAUGCCAAGCCCGAAACCUUCGGGUCUAUAAGAAUCAAACCUGAUAAGGUCCUUAAUACAUUAACCAUUGAAGAUGAUGGGAUAGGGAUGACUAAGAACGAGUUGAUCAACAACAUUGGUACCAUAGCUGAAUCUGGAACUGCAAAGUUUCUUAAACAAAUUGAAUCUGGAGAUUUUGAUUCGAACCUGAUUGGCCAAUUUGGAGUUGGAUUCUACUCCGCCUUCUUAGUGGCAGAACGAGUAGAUGUUUAUUCCAAGUCAUACAAUGACCCAAAUGGCAUUAUUCAUAAGUGGAGUUCGAAUUCAAAUGGCACUUUCACUGUUGCUGAACAAAAGGGAGGAGAUGUGGAAAAGGUGUUGGAGUUGGGCGGCACAAGGAUUAUUUUGCAUAUAAGACCUGAGUGUGAUGAAUAUUUGGAGGAUUAUAAACUUAAGGAGUUGCUUAGAAAGUAUUCUGAAUUUGUCAAAUUCCCAAUUCAAUUGUGGGUAGAGAAAAUUGACUAUGAUCGUGUACCAGAUGAAAAUAACACUAUUGAAGGCAAACCCAUGCGAUACAAAACUGUCACUAAGAAACGUAACGAGUGGGAAACAAUCAACACUCAAUUACCCAUUUGGAGAAGGAGUGAAUCAGAACUUAAACCAGAGGAUUAUAUAGCAUUUUACAAGUCUACAUUUAAGGCAUACGACGACCCUAUGUCAUACAUCCACUUCAAAGUUGAAGGCCAAGUUGCCUUUAGUAGCAUAAUCUACGUCCCUGGGGCUCUACCAUGGGAAUUGUCUAGGAAUAUGUUUGAUGACCAGUCUAGAGCUAUAAGGUUGUAUGUGAAAAGAGUAUUUAUCAACGAUAAGUUUGCAGAAUCAAUUCCAAGAUGGCUAACGUUUGUACGAGGUGUUGUGGACUCUGAUGAUUUACCACUGAAUGUGGGACGUGAGCAUCUACAAAAAUCGCGAAUGCUCACAAUUAUCAACAAGAGACUGGCUUCCAAGGCUAUAGAAAUGCUGCGCAAUCUGCGUGCAAAUUCCACUAAUGAGAAGUGGCACAGGUUUAAUGACCACUUUGGCAAGUAUUUGAAGAUCGGCGUUGUGGAGGAUCAAGAGAAUCAGCAAUCUCUAGCAUCUCUGGUGCAAUUUUGGUCAAAUAAAAGUGGAAACACCCGCACUGGAUUGGAUGAAUACAUUGAUAGGAUGAAAGAUGGGCAAAAAUGUAUCUAUUUCCUUACGGCAGAGGAUAGGACAACCGCCGAAAAUUCUCCAUGUCUGGAGAAGAUGAAAAAGAUGGAUUAUGAAGUUUUAUUCGCAUUAGAACCAAUUGACGAAUUUUCCCUAUCCGCUUUAGGAGUCAACAAAUACAAGGACUUAUCUUUAGUGGAUGUGGGUAAAUCGGAUUUGAAGAUUGACGCCAGUACUGACCAGUCGAAUGGGUCAGCUGAUGAUAAAUCUGGAACAAGUUCUGGGUUCGAAACUCUAUGUGCAUGGAUGAAAGAUCUUCUGGUUGAGAAGGUGCAUGAUGUCAGAGUGUCAAGUAGAUUAACUGUGUCACCAGCUGUGCUGGUGCAGUCGGAAUAUGGCCUCAGUCCAUCCAUGCAGAAAUAUAUGAGACAGCAGGCCACAGCACAGGGAGUGCAAGAGGAAGAUGUUAUAUCCAAUGCACUGAUGACAAAACCGGUGCUGGAAAUCAAUACAGAGCAUAAAAUUAUUAGACAUUUGGAUGAGUUGGUGAAGGUGGAUAGGCUUGGUGACAAACCUAGGGAAAUCGCACUGCAGUUGUUCGACGUAGUAUCCAUUUUGGGUGGGUACACCAUAAAGGAGCCUAGUGUAUUUGCCAAACGAGUACUAAAUUUAAUGCUCUCAUUUGUAGAAAACAACACCAGCACUGGCGGUACUUGUAGCAGUGACAGCCCUGCUAGUAAAGGCGGGGCUGACGCUUAA